UCUAUGUAUAAUGAAGUUAGCAACGAUUAGACAAAGCUUAUCCCACCGGAGAAUUUGAAGUUUUUUCCAAUAAAAUAAUAUUGUAAGGUGUGCUUAUUUAGUGUGUUAUUGACUGGGUUAAAAAAUAAACUGAUAAACAUUCCGUGUAUAGCUAUCCUACAAGGAAGUGAUAAAGACUUUAAAAUCGUUGGACACUAGCUGUUAAGUUGCAACUAAAUAAAAGAUGUCGUCAGGAAGCGAGAGCGAUGAAGAGUACGUGCCAGGGGAACCAGAAAAAUUGUCGGAAGAAGAAUCGGCAAAUGAAGAAACAGACAUGCAGUUUGAGAAGGAGUUAGAACAAAAGGCAAAGAAACGGAAAGGAGCUAAAGAAGACACAGGCACGAAGAAACGAAGGACACGCAAUGGUGGAGUAGAAAAAGAAGAAUCUCCUGUAAGAGAAAUAGAGAAAAGCGAAGAAGUAUUAAAUCCUGAGGAGGAGAAGAAAAAAGAAGACGAUCUAUGGGCGAAGUUCCUAGAAGGAACCGAUACGAAACCUAAACCCUCCGCGACAGUGACCAGCUCGACCAUUGAACCACCUAAAACUGUAGCUAAAGAAGAAACGUCCAAGAAAGCCGUAUCCAGCACUAGUGAUGAUAAAGAGAGAGAAAAGAGAAUAUUCGAAUUUGCCGGAGAAACCAUUGUUGUCGAAAAUAAUAAAAUCAAAGAAAAGAUUAAAACUGCUGAUAGCCCAGCUACAGGAAGUAAAGUACAAACACCGGCGCGCAGCAGAUUCGGAGGCGGAGGCCUGUCCAGUGUCCUCGGUCAGCUCAACAAAAAGAACCAGCUAUCCACCCUGGAGAAGUCAAAACUUGACUGGUCUACCUACAAACAGGAGGAAGGCCUGGAAGACGAGAUCGAAAGCCACAAUAAAGGAAAGAAUGGUUACUUGGACAAACGCGAUUUCCUGGAGCGCGCGGAUGUACGGCAAUACGAGAUUGAGAGGAACUUGCGGAUGAGUCGCCGCAGCAACCGAUAAUACCUUAGAACAAUUUAUUAUAAUUAACAGCUACUCACAAAUACUACGACUACGCUAUUAAACGCUGAAACAAAA